AUGAUGACAAAUACGCUAAGCGAUUUAAUCAAAACUCGAGUUAAAAUAAUUUCUGGUGAUGUGGCAUUGCUACGAUUAGGCCUUAGCGAGGAAGAAUAUUUAUUUCUGACCUACGAAGUAGAUAUGGUAAUCCAUGCUGCUGCUUACGUGAAUUUAAUCUUCCCAUAUCAGGCUCUACAUGGUAUCAAUGUUUUGGGUACACGAAAUAUUCUGGACUUCUGUCAUCAAAAUAAAGUGAAACCACUUUAUUAUCUAAGCACGGAUGCAGUGAUACCGUCAAAUUUAAAAGAUGUUGAUGAAGAUACUGAAAAUGAGGAUGUGCAGGGAAAAUUGACGAAUGGUUAUGCUCAAACUAAAUGGGUAGCUGAAAAAUUGGUACUUAAUUCACAGAUUCGAGGAUUCCCAACAGUAAUCUUUCGACUUGGGAAUCAAGCAGCUUCAAUGAGUACAGGUGUGUGGAAUAAACAGGAUUUCAUCUAUUUGUUAAUUUUCUGCUCCAUUCAAUCUAAAAUGGCUCCAGAUUUGGAUUGGGUGGUAGAAUUUACACCUGUCGAUUUCACUGCAUCAUUUAUUACACAAAUUUUAACAAAAAAUUUCCGUGACAGUAUGGGAAAAAUAUUUCAUUUAACAAAUAGUGAAGGACCAAAUUGGCGACAAAUGGUUAAUUGGAUAAAUGAUUUUGGCAUUCCAAUACGAUUGAUACCAUUGCAGCAAUGGGAUCAAUUAGAUGAUGCCUUUUUCACGACACAAUCAAUUUAUAAGCGAACAAAUACAGAAAAAACAUUGAAAAAUAUGAAUUGCACAUAUCCAGUUGUGACAAAAAGAAAUGCAACGGUUGGGAAAGUUUGUAUAGUAACAGGUGCAAGUACAGGUAUUGGUGAGGCAAUCGUUCGAGAACUUGCCUUAAUUGGAUAUAUGAAAGUGGUAUUCUGUGCAAGGCGACGAACAAAAUUGAUGGAAUUAUUUAACAAAUUGGAAGCAGAAGGAUGUAUGUCGAGUAAUUUACUUCCUGUGCCGUGUGAUGUUACGCAAAUGAGUGACGUACAAUUCGUGGUAAGUCGAGCUGUGGAAACGUAUGGAACAAUAGAUGUACUGGUGAAUAAUGCCGGAUGUAUGUAUUAUGAGAUGAUGAAGAAUGGACCAACAAAAGAAUGGAAUCUUCAAAUUGAUGUGAACUGUCGCGGUACAAUGAAUUGUAUUGGAGCAGUAAUACCGCACAUGAUUAAAGUUGGAUCAGGGCAUAUUGUAAAUAUAACAUCUGAUGCUGGAAAACGUGGUUUUGCCGGAUUAGCUGUUUAUUCCGGUACCAAAUUUUUCAUAGAAGGUAUGUCGCAAGCAUUACGUCUAGAAAUGGUUGAACACGGCAUACGAGUGACGAAUGUUCAACCGGGAGAUGUUGAAACGGAAUUAACAAGUCAUUCUAUUGAUAAAGAAGCAUGUGCGAAAUAUGAUGUAUCCAAGGCAGGUCAUCCAAUCCUUAAUCCAUCAGAUGUCGCUCGAGCAGUACUGUAUGCAGUAAAUCAACCAUCUUCAGUUGCUGUCAACGAAAUUCUUAUCGAGCCUCAGGCUACUCCCAUAUAA